AACUGAGGCGAGCCGCCACAGACAGCAACAACAACGCGACGCGGGGAAAGCGGCAUUUUCCACCCCCUAAAAAGCAGGCCAACAACAACAGCAAAAACAAGAAGUGCCGCAAAAACUCGGAAUGGCGCUUUUAGGGAUGACACGGAACAGAUGGUGCGAUAUCGGUGUCAUCGAUAGGCCGCGAUAAAGGAGUUUUCCAGCCGCAAAAAAACAUGCCGUUUAAAAAGUGUACCAUUUUUUAUUCCCAUAACAAGCUGCACCUAAAAUGUUGAUUUUAUAAACAGAAGCUUUAAGACAGUUUACUUAAAUAUAUAUAUUACCUUCAGUAUUAUUAAGCUAAUUUCGAAAGAGGCUUUGGUUUAUUUUUUUACUGUGAAUUUUUUUGUCCUCUAGAUUUAUUUAUUUAUUAACAUACCUAAAUAAAGAUCCAUUUAAUCGCACAGUAACAAUUGUUAAUCAGAGUUGUUUAAAAAUUUUCUAACGUUAUAUGUAAGUAUUUCGUGUUUUUCCCUAUUAAGUAAAAGGCAGAGCCGCCAGAUUUGCCCAUCACUGUUUGUUCAUUCCCUCUCGUACCAUCCUUCUAACCGCUGGAAGCUUCUUCUCGAUUCUUCGGCUUCCAUUCAAUUUCGCGAUUUUUCUGGAGGUUAGGAUCAUUGCCUUUGCUUCGCUUCUUUGUAACGGUGCUGAGUGCGGGUUCCACAGUCCUGUUAUUAAUUAUUUAUAGAAAAGUCGUUGUGGUUAUUAUUUUCUUUCUCCGGCUAUUCCGUUUAUAGUGAAUAUUGUGAAUAACUGUUUUUUGACCGGUGAAAUUUCUGCAACAGUCGAAUAUCGCUAAAGGUAUACAGAUUUGUUAUAAUUUAACAAAAUUAUAGAUACAUAUUUUUAUGUAACUGUUUUUUGGUAGCAUUAUUUUCGUUGUUUCCUCUUGGUUAUCUUCGUUGUGCUUUGCACGUCGCCAUUUUGAAUUUGCGCUUUACUAUAUUUCUUAUGUACUCGAAAAAAGUAAAAAAUUGUUGGAUAUUUAUUCAAAUCUUGAAUAAAUUUCCAUAUAGACACCCAAAUAUAAAAUCUGGUGUAUUUGGAAUCAAAUUCAGUCUUUUGUGUUCUGUGUUUGGAACAGCGAUUGGAUGAGUAGUGUUUAGAGAGCAAAAGAAAAGUCGCUAUGGACAUGCAAAUACAUCGCCCCAUUACUUCCGGAAGCAGACAGGCGCCUGAUCCGUAUGACCAAUACUUGGAGAGCCGUGGUCUUUACCGAAAGCAUACGGCCCGGGACGCCUCCAGUUUGUUCCGGGUGAUCGCUGAGCAGAUGUACGACACCCAGAUGCUUCACUACGAGAUUCGGUUAGAGUGCGUCCGCUUCAUGACCCUAAAACGACGCAUCUUCGAGAAGGACAUUCCUGGGGACUUUGAUACUUACAUGCAGGAUAUGUCCAAGCCCAAGACUUAUGGAACCAUGACAGAACUUCGCGCUAUGUCCUGCUUGUAUCGUCGCAAUGUGAUCCUGUAUGAGCCCUACAACAUGGGAACUAGUGUUAUUUUCAAUCGUCACUAUCCGGAAAACUUUCGGGUAUUCUUCAACAACGAGAAUCAUUUCGAUUCAGUAUAUAAAGUCGGUUAUAUAGAAAAUGCCGCCAUUUGUCAAUCCAUUGCCUUCAAGUUGCUGUACCAGAAGCUGUUCAAACUGCCUGACGUAUCGUUUGCCGUGGAGGUAAUGCUGCAUCCGCACUGCUUCGAUUGGAACAAGUUCGAUGUGCAGUUUGAUGAAAAGGGCUAUAUGACACGCAUUCAGUGCUCUGACGGUCGCGUUUUUAACCUGGAUCUGCCGGAGAACACAAACUGUAUUUUGGAAAACUUUAUGCUGUGCAAUUUCCACAGCGCCAAUGGCAAUCAGAGCAUAAAUAGUCGAAAAGGAGGCCGGCGGGAUUCAAAACAGCAUGAGGAUCGGAAGCCGGGUGGCAGUAAUGGUCACGAACCGAAUGAACAGCUGCCCAUGUGUCCAAAACGUUUGGAGUCCUGUGUACGCCAGCUACUAGACGAUGGCAUCACACCCUUUCCUUACAAGGUUGCCAAAUCCAUGGACACCUUUAUGUAUCGGAAUAUCGAAUUUGAUUGUUGGAACGACAUUCGCAAAGAGGCAAAGCGCUACAACGUCUAUGUCAAUGACUAUAAUUUUAAGGUGGGCGCCAAGUGCAAGGUGGAAUUGGAUCCCAAGGCCGAGAUGUAUACCUGCCACAUCCAGAGCAUCAUCAACGGAAAAAAAAAAUUGUUCGUCGUCUUUGUGGAGACGAUUGGCGAGAAGAUAGUGGUCCCCUACGAGUCGCUGCAUCCCCUGCCGCCGGAAGAGUACCGUCCGUGGGCGUUGCCAUUCCGCUAUCAGCGCCAAAUGAAUCGCAUGCAAGUGCCAAAGUUUAUGGGCAAAUCAAGCAAGAUUCCCAAGUGGAAAAAGAACAAGGCUUUUGAAAUGGGGCAGUACUUUGAGCCCAACAAGUGUGAUCUGAUGCCGAUGCAGGGCUUCAUGCCCGUUGAGAACUGUUAUCAAGAGGUGCACCACCAGCCAGAGGAGCAAAGGGAUCCUGAACAGCAUGAUCAGAAUACGGCCGAGGAACAGCGGGAUCGCGAGGAGCCGCAGAAACAGCAACAGCAGCUGCAGCGCUCGAAGGGAUCGAGGGCUCAGCGCCAGAACUCGAACUCUAGCCAAAAUCAGGAGUCUGCAGGUUCCGCUGCUCAGCCGAGCGCUCAGUAUAUGAACUUUAUGCCUCUGUUGGCGGGUCGUCCGGGCCAGGCUCCGCCUCCUUGGCCCUCGUCUCCGUUGGCUCUGCCCGAGGAGUUUCAGUUCCCGAUGCCGGGACCACCGCAUCCUCCGCCAGCCGAGGGUUGUGUCUACAUGCCGUUUGGUGCUUAUGGUCCGCCGCCACCCGGAGCUCUCGCUCUGCCACCGCCUCCGUUCAUGUCGCUACCUUCUCCGCCGGCAACUGCUCCCCAUCUUACCGAUCCACGUCGUUCGCUUCACCUUAACGGCGAAGAUUUGCCAAUGGAUAUGGGCACUUUGAGAUACUUCUACAACAUGGGAGUGGAUAUGCAUUGGCGCAUGGCCCACCAUCCGCCGCCCGAGGAUCUUUCCUUAUAUGGAUACAAUCAGCCAAACAACACGGACCAACAUUCAGGAAGAAACGGCGCCGGAGAGGAUCAUUUGGCAGUCGAGGCAACGCCGCCACCUUCUCCGGAGGUGGGAAAUACCACGGAACAACCGCCGCUGGAGAAAGCCGCCUAUUCGAAGCGCAACUUAAAUCCGGGCAAAUCACGCGGCAAGCGUCCGGAGCAGCUGCACGAGCUGAAGGAUCCACUGGGACCAGCUGCCUUUUUGCCGACACCUACGCCUUCGCCGAGCACUAAUGGCAAUCAGUUUAAUUUCUACACCACGCCACCGCCGCAUCAUCUGAUGUCGCCACAAGGGCUGCUCCCACCGCCGCCCCCGCCGAUAUUUUUCCACAAGGCGGGGCUUCCUCAGCUACCGGGGACAGCACCAGGGCAGAAUCCCUAUGCCUGGGGAAUGGCUGCUCCGCUAGUGGCCCCCUACGAGGUGAUUAAUGGCUUCAAUAUGGAACCGCCGCCACCGCCGCAGCCACAACAACAACAGCAACAGCAGGCACCGCCUCUGCCACCAGCUCCCGUGCCCGUCCAAUCCCAGCCAGUAGCCGUCUAUGCUGCACCACGUCAUCACUAAGACGGGACGACGACAAUUAGAUCACUUCGAAGAGAGAGGCGCCAUUCCCAUCAAGUGCAUUCCAUUCCAACCAACGACUUUUAAAAUUUAAUCUCACUUUUAAAUUUGUAGUCAACUUUUUAUAUGCCACCUGAUCGAUGGUGAUCUUUCGUUUACCAUUCAGCUUCUGUACAACAAUCGAUUGCAUAACUUAACCCAAAUGUCAACUUAACUUCAUUUUAAACUUGUAAAUCAAUUUUAUGCGAUUUUUUUUAAACACUUGCACACAAAAGUCAGCAAAUGCAGCCUGCAAGAAAACAACGAACCACCUAUUUAUAUGAUAUAUUUAAAACUCUUAUAACUAGCACUCCUAUAUACUCUUAUAUAUAUAUUUAUAUACUCGCCGUUUGGCUAGAGACUCACCUAUAUAAAGUGUACCAGAAAGUUAACCAUAAAUAAAACAAGAUUCGAGUGUAACGCAAAAG